ACUGAGGGAGCAAGCAUGGCGGCCUCUAUUGCCAGGGGCUGCCGGGUUGCAAUGGCCCUGGGCCGGAGCUUUCGAUGCGCCUGGGCUCUGCGCCCUGCGCCAGCCUCUGUCGCCUGCCAGACCCUCGCGGGGCCGAGCUGGCGGCAGAUCACUGGACCUUCUGAGCCCGGCGCGUUCCAGCCACCGCCGAAACCGAUUAUCGUGGACAAGCGCCAUCCCCGUCGCCGGGAAAGCAGGUUCUUGAGUCCUGAAUUCAUUCCUCCAAGGGGAAGAACAAAUCCUCUGAAAUUUCAAAUAGAAAGAAAAGAUAUGUUAGAAAGGAGAAAAAUACUUCACAUUCCAGAGUUCUAUGUUGGAAGCAUUCUUCGUGUUACUACUGCUAACCCAUAUGCCAAUGGAAAAACCAGCCAGUUUCUGGGAAUUUGCAUCCAGAGAUCAGGAACAGGACUUGGAGCUACUUUUAUCCUUAGGAAUACUAUUGAAGGACAAGGUGUUGAGAUUUGCUUUGAACUUUAUAAUCCUCGAAUACAGGAGAUCCAAGUAGUCAAAUUACAGAAACGGCUGGAUGAUAGCUUGCUAUACUUGCGAGAUGCCCUUCCUGAAUACAGCACUUUUGAUAUGAAUAUGAAGCCAAUAGCACAAGAACCUAGCCAAGAAGUUCCUGUUAAUCAGCUGAAAGUAAAAAUGAAGCCCAAGCCGUGGUCCAAACGCUGGGAACGUCCAAAAUUUAAUAUCAGGGGGAUCAGAUUUGAUCUUUGUUUAACUGAAGAGCAAAUGAAAGAAGCCCAGAAGUGGAGUCAGCCAUGGCUUGAGUUUGAUAUGAUGAGGGAAUAUGACACUUCAAAAAUUGAAGCUGCAAUAUGGGAUGAAAUUGAAGCAUCGAAAAAUUCCUGAUCUGAGAAUGAGUUUGGUUACUUGCAGAGGAUAUACUGUCUCUCAGAGGAUUUAUUUAGAAACAAAUUUAAUCUCAUAUAUAAGGACAUAGUCAUUAAAUCAACCAAACAUUCAUUAUUUUAUGAAUAUUAUUUAAAAAAUUAGCACACCAGUUUAUUACUUUAAAAAGAAAAAUGUACAUGCCAAGUGGUCUGAUGUCCAUUCUCUUAAUGGAGGCAAAGCUACAAUAGAGUCAAACUGUUACCAGAAUGGUCUUCAUUGAGCUUGGAAUCUGAGCAAGGAAGUGGAUAGGAUGAUUUUUUAAAUUUGUGAAGUAAAUUAUAAAUUCAAAAAGUGUAUGAUUUAAAGAGUAAUAAUAAAAUGAGCAUUCAUAUACCCACCAUCAGGUUAAGAAGUAAGACAUUUGUAAUAUCUAAGAAGGUCAAGAAAUAGAGCAUUUACUAGAAUCUAAGAAGACUGUUGUGUGUUGUAAUUGCAUCCCUCCCCUCUUCCAGAUGUAGGCACUAUCCUGACUUUGUGUUAAUCAUUCCUUUGCAUUUCUUUUAUUUUAUUAUAUACACAUACACUCUUUUUUUUUUUUUUUUUUUUUUAAUGAUAUUCUUGUCUGCUUACAUUCUUUUUAUGUAUGUAUGUAUGUAUGUAUGUAUGUAUGUAUGGCUGUGUUGGGUCUUCGUUUCUGUGCGAGGGCUUUCUCUAGUUGUGGCAAGCGGGGGCCACUCUUCAUCGCGGUGCGUGGGCCUCUCACUAUCGCGGCCUCUCGUUGCCGCGCACAGGCUCCAGACGCGCAGGCUCAGUAAUUGUGGCUCACGGGCCGAGUUGCUCCGCGGCAUGUGGGAUCUUCCCAGACCAGGGCUCGAACCCGCGUUCUCUGCAUUGGCAGGCAGAUUCUCAACCACUGCGCCACCAGGGAAGCCCUACACAUACACUCUUAAACAAUAUAUUUACUUUUGAAAAAUCUGUUGGCAGGUAUAAAAGGACAACAUUGUCAUUAUUACAUGAAAGCUUCAGGGAGAGCAUAACGAAGUCUUUGGGUCAUAGUCUGGCUUCAGCUUCCAUGAGAGUUCACAAAAAUCACUUUUGAGGAAGUUCGUGGCUAAGGUCAUGAGUGAGUCCUGCUAAAUAGAAGGCUCACCAGAGGGUAUCUGGAAGGGCCUAUAGUGUGGACUGCAUAAUUGAUGUCUGACAAAAAUGUGGUUGGAGGGAGUAGACUUCUUUGUAUUUACUGGUUCUCAGUCCAUGAGGAAUUAAAUUCUAGCUCAAAGGAGUAGGUCAAGACAGUACUUCCAUAGGGUGAUGUGAGUGUCUUUGCUGAUCCUUGUAGCUGAGAUGGAAUGGAAAGCUGGCAUGUCAUCAUACAUGGUAAAGACCAACCUACAGAUAAUUAGGACCAGUUUCACCUGGGCAUGCUGUUCCUCAAGUUUAAAAGAGUACAGUACUAGCACUGAUCUUGAUGAGGGUAACCAUUAACCUGUCUCUUGAAUUAUUCUGCUUAAAUCUAUGUUCUUGUGCCUAAGCUUUUGGGAUUUGCAUUUACUCUUCUCCUGUGCUGAUCUGUUUUCUGGAGUUUUGUUUUCCAUUUUACUGGCUUUAUUGUUUUCCAUUUUGGUGAAGCACACCCUUUGUUAGCUUCUAGAGAAAGUAUCUAUAUAGGUAAAUUUUUUGACCUUGCAUAUCUAUCAUAUUUGAUUAAUAUUUUAUAAAAUUCUGGGUGGGAGAUAAUUUUCCUUCAGAAUUUUGAAGGUAUUGCUUCAUUGUCUUAUUUCCAGUUGUGUUGAGAAAUCCAAAACCAUUUUGAUUUCUGCUCUUUGAAUGUGACUUGAAAGCUUUGUAGAAUACCUUGGUUCUCAGGGUAGUGCAAUUUCGCAGCGACAGGCCUUGGUGUGGGUCUAUUUUUAUUCAUUAUCUUAGGUGUUUGAUGAACCCUUUCCAUGCGGUAGCUCAUAUCUUUCAGUUCUGGGAAACUUUCAGUGUUCAUUGAUUUCCUCUCCUCUGCUUCUCUCUUUCUGGAACUGAUAUUUUGAUGUUGGAUUGGAUCUCUGUUUUCCUACCCUCUCUCCAUCUCUUCUUUAGCUCUUUGAUUCAGUCUUCCAACUCUUUGCUAUAUUUUUAGAUCUCAAGAUCCCUUAAUGAUUUCUGAAAGUUCCUUUUCUUAUAUAGUACUCGGUUCUUAUUUUAUAUUCUUGUCUAUGGAUUUGUUCUGUUACCAUUGAGGAUGUUCAUGAUUGUGUUUGUUUUUAAUAUUUAUUUAUCUUUAUUUUUUUUUUGGCUGUGUUGGGUCUUAGUUGUAGCACACGGGAUCUUCAUUGAGACAUGCGGAUCUUUCGUUGGCUUCUCUCUAGUUGUGGCAUGUGGUGGCCCCCAAGCUGUAAGCUUAUUCAGCUUUCUGCUUUCCAGAGAACUGCUUGUCUAUUUCUUGGUAUGCACUCCUGACACUGCGGUAUUGAGCGUUAAAAAGGAAAAUGGCUUGCAGCCAGUUUCGUUCCAGGUGCCUGCUCUGGAUCUAAGAGCCCCUGGUUGUUCCCCAGAAGAAGGACGUGCUGCCCUGAGGGGGAAGUCUGUAUCUCCAAAGAAUGGCCCAUAAGGCAUGCUGACGCAUAGAUAGUGGCGACAGAAUUUUGUGGAAUUACAGGGUUUACUGAUUUAUUGUCUAAUAUUCGUUCCGUACUAAACCUAUAUAUACAUUCAUGCUCUUUGAAUAAACUUGCCUUGCAACCAUCA